UAUAAUGAUAUAAAAUCUGUUUUGGUUCGCUCGGCCCACUUAUGUCACCUUAUUGGUGGUAUUUUUAUUGCCUAGGUGUCAGACAAUGGAUUACUUUGAGCGGACUUUUUGUUUUCAUAAGUGUCUGCCAGAUAAUCAUCUUAGGACAUAACACUUGACUGGGCUGUCGUGCUUUGAUGAGGCCAUCACUGGGACUUUCCGGAUACGUCAGACCGAGCUUCCGACUUGUUAACGCUAGUUGCUGCCGAAACGUUCAUGUCGUUAGUGGUGGUUAACGUUACGUUGAAACUCCGAGGUAAACGCGGACAGGAGACCAUGAACACCUCCAGAACCCGCCAGCAGCCCCAGGAGGUCUGAACAGAGAGGCGUGGUGGUCAGAGAGCGACAGGGCGGGAUGUCAACAACUCGGCCUCUGCUCGGAAUGAGACGAGUCACCGAGCUAGCGUACCCUGAACAGCCGGGCACCAGGCUCUCCGCUUCGGCCGGCAGGCAGCAGACAGAGGCCCUCACAGUGGACGAGUUUACGGUCCUUGAGGACAAAGAAGACGAGUUGAAGAGCGCCAGGCCCCGAGUGGAGCAGGUUUUUAAAGUGACGUUCACAAUUAUCGGUCUGUUGGACCAUACAGGACAGCCGCACGGCAGCAAAACAACCCGGCAGAUAUGGCUUCAGCUCCGGGGGGACAGAGACGACGUGUCCAAGGCGAAGGAGUAUGUCCGAGGGCUCUGCGACCCAGAGCUGCAGAAAGAAGAGCGCUAUCCUACUGACAUGCACUGCAUCUUCGCCGGGGCCAGGGGCCUCUUUCUGGACAGACUCAUACGUGACACCAGCGCCGAGGUUCUGGUGCCAGAGCCGGGUCGUCUGUGGCUGGUGGGCCGAGCUGAGCCUGUUGUGAUGGCUCAGAGUAGAGUCCAGCAGUUUGUGGCACUCUUCCAAGAGAAAAAGAGUCUGCCAAGUGACAGAGAAUCGGCAGUGAAGCGAGCGUUCAAGUCGUUUGUGGAAGAAAGAGAUGAUAAAUACACUAUGGAGCUCCUGCUGCUGCCCAGUGCCCUGAAGGAAGAGUUACUGGGACUGGUUCACAGCCCCACCAGCACAAACACAUCUGCUUUGGUGAACCAGGUGCUGCUACCCACCAUGGCAGAGGUGGAUCAGGACCGCUCCCAGAGCAGCACUCCGGUGACGGAACUCUCCAACCGCAUCCUGGACACCAGCUUCGAUGAGAAAGGUGGUGCAGCGUCUUCAGUCUGUGGAGGCGGGAAAGCAGGGGGCCGGAUAGUGGUGGGUCAAGAGGGGGUCCUGCUCAACGGCACUCGGCCCUCACACAAGCGGCGCUCGUCCGAGAGUGAGACUCGAGACACAAAGAGACAAUACUCACUGGAGCGGAAGGAGGAGUCGCCUGAGAGAAUGGCGAGGGAGCGUACCCGGGACAGGGAGGUUCGAGGGGCCGGCAGCAGCUGCAGGUCCAAAACCCCAUCUGCUUCCUCAACGAUCGCAACGCCCUCCUCCUCCUACUCAGGAAAGGCAAACACAGUGGCCGGUCCAAUCACACAGGAGUCCUACGAGGGCAUCCCAGACGAUGGAGAGGCAGUCAGCCCGGAAACCAACCUCCGCUGCCUGGUCAAUUUUUUCAGAACCAUGGGCUACCAGCAGGAAGUGGUGGAACGUGUUGUCAAGUCAACAGGACAGACUGAGGACACCUUUCUUAUCCUGGAGAAAAUAGUUGAAGAAACCAAACGUUGUGAGCAGGACUCAAAAGGAGGAGACAGAGAGAGACAAAUGAACGCUGUGCAUGCGUCUGACAAUCUCUCCUCCUCCUCUUCUUCUUCUUCCUCCUCCUCCUCUGCGGUGUCCUCGUCCACAGUGUCCCGUUUUAGGGAAAAGGAGCGAGAGAUCGGAGACACAGGGAGAUCGAAGGAGAACAUAAAGCCGAGCCAACGAGGAGGAAGUAGCAAUGGUUUGGGACAUAGGCGGAAGUGCAGUGGCAGUGAAACGAGCACACAGCAGGCCAUCACGAUCAAAAGAAGCUCCAGUGCUCAGGGUGGAGCAGGGAACUAUGAGGUAAUUACGAUCGACGAUGACGACGACGUCAUUCCCACUAAUGCCAAAACAGCAGACGGUAGAAAGUCUCGGAUAAUGACGAUGCCACACCCUGACACCACACAGUCUGGAUCUCGAACGGACUACCUGGCUCGAGGAGGGGGCGGAGUCACCCAGCGGGAUUACCUGUCGCGAUGCGGGACUCAAACUUUGGGUGGAUCUGUAAAAGUGGAGAACAUGACACCGCUGCGCAGCACCCCUGCAUGGUCAGCUCAGCCAAUCAACCGAACAGCACCCUCUGCCUAUCAGACCAUCGCCCAUACAGGAUUUCAGGGGGGCAUGGCCCGGACCCCUCCUGCAAACGAACCCCCGGCCCCUCCGGUUACUGGUCUGGCUCGGUUUCACCAGUCGCUGCGGACUCCUUUUACCUUGAACCUGCCCAACGAGCGGGGAAACCCAGACCUGAGGCACAUCAUCAUAGACGGAAGCAACGUGGCGAUGGCUCAUGGUCUUCAUCGGUUUUUCUCAUGCCGUGGCAUCGCCCUGGCUGUGGAGACCUUCUGGAGGAGGGGCCACAGGGAGAUCACAGUGUUUGUCCCGCAGUGGCGUCAGAAGAGAGACCGACUUGCUACAGAACAACACUUCCUGAACCAGCUGGAAGACCUGCGACUGCUCUCCUUCACCCCGUCCAGAGAAGUCUGUGGCCAGAGAAUAUCUUCACAUGACGACAGGUUCCUGCUGCAUCUUGCUGAGAAAACAGACGGGAUAAUCGUCACCAACGACAACCUGCGGGACUUUGUCGACACCUCGGACACAUGGCGUCGCAUCAUUCAAGAGAGGUUGCUUCAGUUUACCUUUGUUGAGGAUCACUUCAUGAUUCCUGACGACCCGCUGGGAAAAGACGGACCCCACCUGGACGACUUCCUGAGGAAGGAUAACAGGAGGGCUCCAGCUUCCCCCCCGCCUCUCCAGCCUGCAGACCCCCGGGCCACAUCACAGCAGCAGCCCGUUACCGUCCAGACUUUUCGGACCCCCGCCACCAUGACAGCUCACCCCACUGCACACUGGCCCCAUUCUGGCCCUCCGGAAUGGCAUCCGCCCCGCCGCCCUUCCUCGCCCUCCCCAUCCCCCCCGCCACAGCGCUCACCAGGGGAGACGUCAGAGUUGAAGAGGAAGCUGUAUGACAUCUUUCCUGACCAGAAGCAGCGAAUCGACCGAAUCCUCAGCGACAACCCGUACAUGAGAGACCUGAACGCCCUGUCAGGGCUGCUGCUGGGCUGAAAAAACUGAGACAACAUCUGUCCGUCUGUGUUAGGGUAAUUUAUUUGACCAUUUUUUCCUCGUCGGAAGGCACCGAAAUGGUUUUAUUAUUUUGUGGAAAGACUUAUCAUUAAACUAGCUGCUAUCUGCGACAAUGAUUUCUGGGAUAUUUUCCUUAGUUUUUUUGUUUUUGUUUUGUUUUUUUACUUCCUGAAUCAUCAGGGUGAGCAGCACCGGUGUCUGCAGAACAAACGUAUGAACAGUUUUCUUUUCUUCACCUCGAACAAUUCUGUGUUUGUGUGAGAAUGGAUCUCAGCAGCCGGACAACAGGACUUUGAUCGACGGUGGGGACGGCCGCUUUCAGCUCCACAUCAACUCUCAAGGUUUGAAAAUUUUUCUCAGUUACAGAAAAUUACAGAGUGAUUUGAGGUGAAUGGGAAGAGGCAUGUUAGCACCAAAGGCAGCACUGCUUAGAUUAAGAAUAUCCUCUUCAUUUCCAGUGAUAACACCUGAUUCAGUUUAUAUUUCACCCGUUGGAAGUCGUACUUUGAUUAAACUGGUCGCCCUCAUCAGCUUUCCCUUUUUUUCUUUUCUUUCUUUUUUUAUUCCUGAAGCAGAAACAAAACCAGGUGGAGAUCUAUUCAUGCAGCAGGUUUUUUCCCCUCUAUUUAAAACAUCCUCUAACUUUAGACAAGGAAACAAAACAUUUUAAAAGAAAAAAACCUGAAACAACAAUACCUGACCACUAGGUGGGGAUAAGUGUUCAGCAGAACACUGCAGACUACAUCAGACUAUUUUCUUUCCACAGCAGACCAAAAAUCAGGGCUAGUUUUGUUGUUUUGUUUCCUAUCAAAGUGGUCCCAGUUCUUCUAGAGUCAGAACUGGCUCUUGUUCUUGGUUCAUGUUUGAUCCCCCUGCUGUUGAAUUUUGAAAAGGAUCUUAGAAGAUUGAGAUUUUUUUGAAAACACAAAUUGAUCAGUCUGAUGCUGAAAACCUUUUAGAAUAUUUUUGUAAAGGAUUUUUAAGACUGUCGGCAUUUAGUUGCCGGCUGCUGCACGCAUUCUCCUAAAACAGUGUUAUAAACUGGUUCAAACAAGAUCCCUUAAUUCAGAUGUAAAUCCAGUUCUAGAAGCUGCUCUUCAAAGACGAGUUGCAUUCGCUUUUUCACGCUGGAUUUAUUAGCCAAACCUGGCUGAUAAGUAAAUGGAGCAUUUCCGAUAGUUUCUAACAGCUCUUGACGCUGACAUUUAGUUUGAAUUAGAUUUUUAGUCUGAAUUGAAAAUGUGGAGCUCAGAUUAAUCUUUUGGAUUUGACCAAACUGAUACCACUGACUGCUUGAGAUUUUUUGUAAAUGUAAAAUGCAGUAUAGAUAAACUUAUUAGUAGUGGCUACGGUGGGAUCAAAUUGGGUUCAAGUUUAGCAUGGACUUGGUGCAUAGGUGGAACCAGCUUAGUGCUUCUAAUAUAGAAAUAUUUAAGCACUAGAAUCAUUUUGGUACGGAAAGAAAACCUUGGAAAAGCUGAAAAGAACUAAUCAGUCGUUGCAAAAAUUAGCAGUAAUGUCCGGAUUAAGCUGCAAAAAUUAUUUUAGGUAUACAUAAAAACAGCAAUUACAAGAGGAGCAGAGCAGCUCUAUAGUUUAACUUUUAAAAAUGAGCCAUGUCCUGGUAUUGAGCAAUCAGUGAUAUCUAAUGGGCUCUUUCAAGCUUCUGUAAAGGAACUUCUUACAGGUCAGAUGAGUGAAGGAAACUACUUUUACAUGACUCUUCCCUUUCAAAAUGUAUCUGCAAGGAUUUUGAUCUGCAAAGAAAAUAUCUGAAGUAAAUCAUUUCCAACUAGUUGAUAUUCUUUUACAAAUAACCUGAGAGAAUAUAUUUUUGCCAAGAUUACAGAAACAGAAUAUUUUAUUAUUCCUAAAAAUAAAAAUAUUUCUAAAAAUCUGAUUUUAUUUCCUGCCAAACAAUGGUUGCAUGUCAUUAAAAGAUUUAAACAGCAAAGUAUGAAAAACACUGCGUGAAAAUGGUUACAGUUUUGUAGCUGUUGAUCAUUUUACUAGACUAGACCUUAAAGAGCAUUCUGCCAUUUUAGGAGGACUCUAAAUCUGUUUGGAAGUAGGUUGUAGAAGCAGGAUGUGGUGACAUCUAGUGGCAGAAAUUGCAGAAGCUCCACAAACAUGUGAAUGAGAACAAUCUACUUAGACAAUUCUAUUUCAAAACAUUGCUGACGUUUCUUUAAAAGACAUCAGAAAACGCGUACGAAUUAGACCUAGCUCUACUUACGAAACGCUCAUUAAUUUUCCUGCAUUUUAAGUCCCACACUGAACCAGAACUUGCUGCUUUGAUGAUCUAAAACAUCACGUUUGAUGAACAUGCCGUCACUUUUCCUAUGUUCAGUUCUGUGAUACUUGGUGACUCAUGAACCCUGUUGUGGACGGAGUCUAGAUGAAAAACAAACACUACAAUAUUUAUCUUCCAUGUGCAUCUUGGAUUGAGUCCCAGAGGUUUUUUUUUUUUUUUACGUUUGUACCAAUUAUAAAAUGCACUGAACUUAAGCCCUGCAGAGGAUAGGCAAACAGAGAAACAUUUGAUGUUUAUCUCUUAAAAAUUCAUAGAGACAGUGUGGCUGCAGCUUUCGAAUCUUAUGUUCCUCUGGUGUUAGUUUAACCUGAACCCUUCACAUGUUUAAAAUGAAAGAUUCAGCACAGAUACCUUUUUUUGAUGUUAUGUUGUUGCAAUGAUUCUGAAGGACUGAUUUUUUUUUUCCUGUAUCAUAUUUCUUCUGUGUAUAUUGAUUUUUGUUUGUAAAUAUUUGCAUUUUUGCUUACAGUGCAAUUAUUGUUUAUGAUUGUGGAAAAUCAAAAUAAAUGCAGCUGUCCCCAUUGAA